CGGCCAACGGGCCGGGUCUUGUGCUAGUUUGGUAUGAUGAAAAAACGACCUAUUAUCUUGUUUAAACCUUUAUAUAUUGUGAUAAUGAGUUUAUUUCAAUUAUCUUGUACCAAAUAACUCAUAAUAAGUUGUUUGAACCAAAAUAUCUCACUGAAAUGCUGCAUCCGAACGACCUGUAAAAAUAACGUAAUUAACCUCUUUUUGUAUGAUGAAAAAGAAUGGUGCUGAUUCGAUCCGAGAUCUUGAAAUUGGAAACUACCUGAGAUAAAAUUAUUUUUGAACGAAUUGUUUCUUGUACAAACUUUCCCAAAGAAGUUGCUUGCUAUUACGUGAAGAGCCCGAAUUCUCGAUUGCUAUGACCUCAUAGUGGCUUUCUCCUGUUAAUAGCCACAAUUGUUCGUUCGAGAUCGAGGAUUAGUUAGACUGAGGAUUGUCCUAGAUGGGAGACUGACCCUGUUGUAAGUGCUUAUCCAGGGCUUGGAAUUUGCACGUAAAUUCAUCGUUGUUUUUUUUUUUUUUUUUUUUUUUUUGUUUCUGCCCAUUAAUAGGCUGCUAAAUGCUUAUGUGCUUAAAUGGCAGUCUCCUUUGGCGCCUGCCAAAAUUGUUUCUUUCUGCAGCAGGCAGGCAGACCGGCGCCGGUCCGGUCCAACUCAGAGUUAUUAAACCCAAGUAUAUGUUCUUGCCCAAGUAUUCAAAGCUUUUACAGACGGGUAAUUUAGGAAACAAUAAACAUGAAGCUUCCAAACCUUGCGAGGCAAGGCCUUGCUGCUCUUGGUUCAAUCUCGUUGCUCAUGCUUCAAUUUGAAUGGACGUCGUCGACAUCUCGACCAAAAUCGAUUCGAACUCGGUCCAAUUAUCGUGUCUAGUGUAAUUAUCUGUACCAUCAACCGAUUUAGCUUCCCAUUUUACUCAAUUUUAUACCGAGAUGAAGUUAAUUUAAGAUCAGAUCUGAUAAACAAAAUAGCUAUGGAACUCUGUCAAAAUUUGACUACUUGGUGGUAAGACGUUUGAUACAUUAGUGCCUUUUGACAUAUUUCUGUUCAUUGUCCUUUCUUACCCCUGCAAGGGGUUCUGGGGGUCGUUUGGAUGAGAAAUUGUAACGGAUCAAUUUGAAACAAUUGUCUCGUUUUGAGACAAUUGUACCAAAUUGCCUCGUUUACCAGUAAAAAAUUUGGAUGGAUCAAUUUGCUUGAGGUAUUUUGAAUUGAUCCGUUUUGAGUCAAUUUCAAUUAUCUGGAAUGAGGACGGGUAAUUUGAAUUGACUCGUUUUAAUUGUCUCGUUUAUAAAACGAGAUAAUUGAUCAAAGUGCUGGUUAGGACAGGGGCACUCAAGUCAAGUAACAAUAGGCAGUUGUAACUGAUCGUUCAUGCAGCUGAUGGGAAUGGUGAAAACAGAAGGAAGAAAAAAGGUUAGUUUGCCGAAACAGAGAAAAUUCCAAAAAAAAAAAACAUUAUUGAAAAAACCCUAGACUCCUUCCCCACCUAGUAUUUAUAACACCCAUGAGACCCUUCCACAUCACCAAUUCCCCCCCUCUCUGCAUUUCCUCUGCACCGUGUACUUGCUGCUCUGUUCUGAAUCCUAGGGGACGCCCCAAAACCCAACUCUAAAAAUAAAAGGGCAUGGUUCACCCUACCAACACCACCGCCACCUUUUCUUCUUCCCUUUGAGAGAGAGAGAGAGAGAGAGAGAGAGAGAGAGCAGACUGAAAUGAGAGGUGGAUCAUCAAUUAGGCAGCACAAAGAAGGAAUUGAAACGGAUAUUAAGGUGGUGAACAAAGACGAGCCUCAUCUCUCUGGUGCUUAUAUCCGUAGCCUGGUCAAGCAAUUGACAUCUUCAAGAACAAAAGACCCCAUGGAUCCCAAACAUCCUUCUCCUCCAGCUGCGGCUGCCAAAUUGGACAGAAAAGGGUUAAGUGGCGGUGGUGAAAACCAGCAAGCCCAGCAGCCGCCGCCGCACAAGAAGCAAGUGAGAAGGAGACUCCACACCAGCAGACCAUACCAAGAGAGGCUGCUCAAUAUGGCCGAGGCCAGACGCGAGAUCGUCACCGCCCUCAAGUACCACAGAGCCGCUAUGAAGCAAGCCAACGAACAACAACAACAACAACAGCAACAUCAACAGCAACCUGUAGAAGGAGGGAAGGACCAACUUCCAUGUUAUGAGCAAGAGCCGAAGGUGAAAUCUCGGAGGAAUCCUAGAACAUACCCAUCAAGCAGCGCCGGCAACACCAAUUUCUGCAACAAUAAUUAUCAUCACUAUGUGGACAAUUCCUCCUCUUCCUCCAAUAAUCUGUCUCAUCCCCUGCCUCCACCACCUUCUUGCUCUUUCCCAUGGACCAACUCCCCAAUUCUCCCACCACCACCAAUUGUUGGAGGGGAAACCCUCAAUUUCCCACUGCCGAACCAACCUCUGGGGUUGAACCUCAACAUCCAGGAUUUCAACAACAUAGACACCUCUACUCUUCUCUACCACAACAACAGCCCCUCCACUUCCCCUUGUUUCUCUUUCACUAAUAAUGCUGCGUCAGAGGAGGUACCCAAUUUGCAGUUUCUGCAGAGCGGGGUGGCUGUGCCGCCGGCUCCUUGCAGCGAUGAUGGGUUCCACCACGUGCUGGACGACGAGGAGAUGGCAGAGAUGAGAUCCAUUGGAGAGCAGCACCAGGUGGAGUGGAAUGACACCAUGAACCUGGUGACGUCAGCGUGGUGGUUCAAGUUCAUGAAGACGGUGGAUCUGGGGCCGGAUGAUCAGCUGAAGGCGGUUGUUGCGGAUGAUGAGAUCAUGGAGUUCCCGCCCUGGUUCAACCCUGCAAAUGAUGCCACUUUGCUUCAGCAGCAGCAUUAUUAUGAUUGCCCUCAAGACUACUACUCUCCUGAUCCCACCUUGCCAUGCAUGGACAUUGGCGAGAUAGAAGGAAUGGAGGGAGAGUGGUGGGCUUGACAAAGAAUUGAUUUUCUGUUUUUGGUCUAAAUCAAAUCUUUGAACCCUCUCCAUCUCUUUUAUUUUAUUAUAUUAUUAUCAUUAUUAUUUCCAAUUGAUUCAAGCAUGCAGCUGCAUUUUUGGUUGGUUUCGUUUCCUCUUGAAAUAAAGGCAUGUCCAUGGAAUGAAAUGGAAGGAGGGAGGAAGAGUAGUUAUGUUUUGGUGAUAUGUGUUAUGUUUCUCCCCAUCCCAGCUGCUUGAAGCUGUAUGGAAAUGUAUUGUUUCUUAAUUUGUUGUUGUUGUUAUUAUCAUUAUUAGGUGAUUUAUCAGCUUCAGAGUUCGAAUUCAGAAUACAGAUGAAUUUUAUUGUCAUCAUAUUAUAAAUAAAAUGGAUGGUUUUGUUGGAUGGUUGUCCUACAGAGCUUCUGUCUCCUGCUAGAGAAACUAUCAAUGUUUGUAAAAUCAUAUCGCGAAGGUUGUAUUGGAAAAUCUAAACGAUAGGGUAUUUUGUACUGAAAUCGUGAUUUAACCGUGGUCGGCAGGUUAUAACUGCUAAAAUUUGUCUACCGACAAGCAAUGUAGUCAAAAUCGCGUUUUGAAAUUUAAAAACUUACACUUUUACAUUUCUAGAUCACCAAAAUGCUUUUACUCAUAAUCUCAGUUUUUACCAAUUUAGUUAAAAACUGCGCUUUAAAACUUAAAAGCUUACAAUUUUACGUUUCUAGCCAAAACGAUUCUACAUAGAAACACACUUUUGACUACAUUGCCGAUAAUGUAUUUUUACAGUCAAAAUUUUAUUGUUUAAAGUUUCAUUUCUUAAUUUUUUUAUGUGAUAGGAAUUACUACUGUUAGCGUGACAGGACUCUCACAGUCUCAAUAUGGCAAAAGUUGACACAACAACAACAAAACAAAACAAAAAAGAUUGUUUGAUUCAAUCCACACAGAAAAUCUACGAAGGAAAAACAGAAAAUUCGUUUAUCAACAAUUGGUGUAUUUCCUUUAAAAAAAUAAUUGGUGUAUAUACAUUACACAUAAGUUGGAUUGGUCAAGCGACACAAUAACCGUAAUAAUAACGUUAUUAUAUUUGUGGAAUCACAGUUCGCAAUAUUAUUCUUAGGAUGCAAAAUCCUGCAAGACUUGGUCGUAUCAUCAUAAUACGAUUAUAUACGAUUGGGUUUUACAGCUCCAAGUUUUGUACCUAAACCCGACUUUAUUUUCAUGUACAAAGUCAAACUAAAAUGUUAUAUAGAGUUCACCAAUUCAUAACGAAAGUAAUUCAGUUCUAUCCACAAAAUUUUAGGAAGCUUCGUGAUGACUGUUUUAGAAUAAGCCAAAGCGCAAAGCCUCAGGCAUCAGUCUGACAGUUUGCCGCAUUUCUUGAAUCUAAACUGUAACUUAUAAUUUCCACUUUCUGAAAGCGAGUUUUUGCGGAGGAUAGGGUGUUAUUGAUCAAACAUCAGCUCCAGCCUCCAUGACUCCAUCCAAUAAUAAAAUUUAUUUUUCUGAUUUUUUAAAUUUUAAGGAGUUGAUAAUAAAUAAAAUAAAUAAUAUAUUUAUCACAUCUCGCAUAACAUAAAUAAAUAAUAUAAAAUAGACCAGAAAGUUUAUAAAGUAGAUCAUAAUAUUACCCUACUACAAAAUUCAUAUAACAUUCCAAAAAAAAAAAUAAUCAGACCAUAAGUUCCCUCAAGAAGAACCGAAACUUUUUAAAGCAAACCACAAAAUCCCUUAAGCAUUACGAGAAAUCUCAUAAAGCAUAUCACAAGUUUCAUCGAGUAGAAUAGAAACAUUAUAAAGGC